UUUCGAGCUUCACAGAAAUGCAUCACACGUCACAGAAACCAGCGCAACCCCUGAGCUUGUUCAUAUCCAGACCGGGAGAAGCGUUGCCACAAAUGCAACAAGUGACCCAAGAUUCGAGGUCGAUUUCGAAGAGGACGGCUCAGACAAUCCAAAGGAAUGGAGCCUGGCACACAAGAGCAUGGUUAUAUUCUGCACUAGCUAUUCCACCGUUAUAGUGUAAGUGGACGCUUGACUUUUGACCUUUUGACCUUUGCCACUGCCGACCAGCAUACAAUGUUGCAUUGUCGUCCAUUGCCGCAUGUCAAAUGUGGCUGAACGUCAAUGGCUAAACUGACGUCGUACAGCGUCUUGUAUUCGACUUCAUAUGCAUCCGCCAUCCCGGGCAUGAUGGAAAGCUUCAACAUCGACAACGAGACCCUCGUCGUUCUCGGCCUCACGACAUAUCUCAUGGGCUUGGCCACCGGUUCCGUGAUCCUGGCACCGCUCAGCGAAAUGUACGGUCGCAGACCCAUCUACAUCGUAUCGCUGGCCUUUUUCAUCGUUCUUGUCAUUCCAUGCGCUCUGGCGAAGAAUCUAGAGACCAUCCUAGUCACCCGCUUCUUUGGCGCCCUCGCUGGGAGUGCCAUGAUUUCCAACGCCCCUGGUACCGUUGCAGACAUUGUCACGGACGAAUACCGCGCCCUCGCAUUUUCCAUCUGGAGUAUUGGACCUAUGAACGGUCCCGUCCUUGGCCCCAUCAUCGGCGGCUUCGUCUUUCAAUCUCUCGGUUGGCGCUGGACAAAUUGGGUCGUCCUCAUCGGUGCCGGCGUCGCACUGCUCGUGAUAUCGACGGUCAAAGAAACCUACGCACCCGCCAUCCUCCGCCGCAAAUCCGCUCUUCAGCGGAAGAAAUCAAACGACGAUCGAUACUGGUCCCGCUAUGACGAGCGUCUCGGCCUUCGCUCCCUCCUCGCCGUCAACCUCUCCCGGCCCUUCGUCAUGGCCGUCACCGAGCCCAUCUGCAUCUUCUGGGACAUCUACAUCGCCAUCGUCUACGGCAUCCUCUACCUCUGCUUCGUCGCCUACCCCAUCGUCUUCUCCCAGCAACGCGGCUGGUCACCCGGGCUCACCGGCCUCGCCUACACCGGCAUCGGCAUCGGCGGCCUCAUCACCAUCCUCUCCGAGCCCCUCCUCCGCGCCCUCAUCAACUCCUACCGCCCCAACCGCAGCAUCCCCGCCAGCCCCCUCAACGCCGCCCCUCCCGAGGCCAUGCUCGCCGUUGUCUGCAUAGCCGCCGUCCUCGUUCCCAUCGGCGAGCUCGUCUUCGCAUGGACUUCCCCACCCACCGUCCACUGGGUCUUCCCCAUCCUCGCCGGCAUCCCCUUUGGCGCCGGCAACUGCGCCGUCUUCAUCUACGCGUCAAACUACCUCGUCCACUCGUACGGCAUCUACGCCGCCUCCGCGCUCGCCGGUAAUGCCGUGCUGCGCAGUGUCCUGGGCGGCUGCUUGCCGCUUGCGGGCCCCGCGCUGUAUGGUGCUCUUGGGAGUCGCUGGGCUGGCACGUUGCUGGGCGGGCUGGAAGUGUUGUGUAUUCCGAUUCCGUGGGUGUUCUGGCGGUAUGGCGCGAGGAUUCGGGGGAGGAGUCGCAUGAUUGGGCUCAUGCGUGCGGAUCAGGAGAGGUUGGAGGCGAGGGCUCGAAGGAAGGCGGUGGGUGUGGUUGCUGGAGGGGGAAGCGCAGGCGAGGAUCGAGCUGGAGGGAUGGAGUACGUGAGCGCGCAGAAAGAGAAGGCUGGGCUUGUAGAACGGGAUCGUGAGGUUUGAGAUAGUUGUUUGGAAACUUGGGGACUUUAUGAGACUCACGAAAUGACAUGAAGUAGCUUUCAAAGCCAUCAUCUCCAUAAUGCCGUUAUGACCCUGUGUGAUGGCGUCUGUAGCUUCGCGUAUGUUUUGACGCGUACCGUUGACGUUUUCACCUGCAGCUUAUACAGGACCACUGACCACGUCGACACUGGCAAAGAGUCUAUCUGCCAUGUUCGGGCAUGCAGCUGCUGGUCUCUUUCUAAAGAUUGCGCGGAUG